AUGACAGAGUUCUGGGAAGUCAUCAGUGAUGAACAAGGCAUCGACUGCACUGGGACCUACAGAGGUGACAGUGACUUGCAGCUGGAAAGGAUCAAUGUCUAUUACAAUGAAGCCACAGGUGGCAAGUACGUACCCAGGGCCAUACUGGUCGAUCUGGAGCCGGGCACGAUGGACUCCGUACGGUCGGGGCCCUUCGGGCAGAUCUUCCGACCUGACAACUUUGUUUUUGGUGAGUGGUCAGCCAGGGACUAA